AUGACCUGGAUUUGGACCAGACGGUUGCCGGGCGGGUCCUCCAUCAUCCCCAUCCUUCGAAGAAACGGAGACGGAGGUACGUGAGAAUAAACACUGACGCUGCUAUCGAAGUCGGGGACGACUUGCUGGAUGAGGUGUGAAGGAUAGAUUCAACCACGAAUGACACGUGUGUUAAGGGAGCACCAUCUCCUAAUAAACCACUGCCUCAA